UGGAGUUGUCAGAUAGAGCAACACAAGAUUCACAAGUAAGUCUGUUUGAGUAUUCAGACAAAACCACGAGAGACCUGAUACAAAAAAGAAAGCAAAAGCACGAGAAAGUAAAAGCGGUGAUUUAGAUUUAAAAUACAGCAUGGGAAACAGCAAGAGCAGCGCUUUGUCUAAGGAGAUUCUGGAGGAUCUAAAAAUGAACACCAAAUACAGUGAGGCUGAGCUCAGCGCUUGGUACACCACCUUCCUGAAAGAGUGUCCUAGUGGGCGCAUUAGUAAGGAGAAGUUUGAGGGCAUCUAUGCCAGCUUCUUUCCUGACGCCGACCCCACUGCGUACGCAAGGCACGUUUUCCGCAGUUUUGACCUCAACGCUGAUGGCACUCUGGAUUUUAAGGAGUACAUAAUUGCAUUGCAUUUAACAUCCUCGGGCAAAACUCUGCACAAACUCGAGUGGGCUUUUGCUCUGUAUGACGUUGAUGGUAAUGGAACCAUCAGCAAAAAUGAAGUCCAGGAGAUUGUGAAGGCAAUUUUCAAUAUGAUUCCUGUUGAGGACCAGACAAAACUUCCAGAGGAUGAGAACACGCCAGAAAAGAGAGCAGACAAAAUAUGGAACUUUUUCCAAAAGAAAGAAAAUGGUAAUUACAAUUUGUACAAUAAGAUCGCAGAGGGCGAGUUCAUUCAGGGAGUGAUGGACAACAAAGACAUUUUGAGGUUGAUACAGUUUGACGAGCCAAAGAAGAUACAGGACAAACUGAAGGAGAAGAAGUUAUAACAUUCACACUGCUUUCUCCUGAGACUGUGCACUGCUCUUUUCCUGUUUACACAGCUAAACUCCUAUGCCACUCUGGCACUCUUUUGCUCAAGAGGAUCGUGUGUGUGUGUGUGUUUGUGGGGUGCAUGUGUACUGUCUAACACAGCAGAACUACAUUCCUGACCAAUCAUCUGUAUUUCUAUCGCACAAAUUAUUCAAGACCAUUCGACCCAAUAUAGGGCCAUGCAUGUACGCAAUUCAAUUCAAAUUCCUUACUUAAGAAUCUACCAUGCUUUUAUUUGCUUUAUUUGUUUCUAAUAACAUGGAUGUAUAGAGAAGGGGAUGAGAAAGCAAUUAGGCUCAGAUUAGUAAUCCCCCUGGCGUAAUCAAUCCUCUUAAUACCUGAAGGUCAAUCCAGGCAAACUCUCAUGAGCUAAUGGCAGUUUUAAUUUUGGUAGCUAAUAUGUUUUUUGUUUUAGCCUUUUUAUAUUGACAACAACAAAGUACACUAAAUUAUAUUUAGUCAUUUGUUUUUUUUCUGGGUUUGGUCAUUUUAGCCAACUACAGCUGAAUAGUUUAGCUAAUGAAUUUAGCUAAACUUUUAGUCUUUUUUUCCCAAAAAAGUAUGCAUUAAUAUCUCAUUUCUUCUUGAAUGGAACGUUGGAUUGUAUUCAUGUGCUGAUCAGAAGAGACUAUUACAGAGCAGUGUGCAUGGCAACAUCUUCUCUUGUCUGCCCUCUAACCAUGUGUAUUCAUUCAUUUCCAUGUUCAAGCACAUUUGGCCCGGAAGUCGGUGGUGGUAUUGGUAUUUUCGUCUGGUUUUUAGUUGUUGAAGAAAAUAUCCUCACAUUUUGUCUUUGACAGUACAAGAGUGGAGGAUUUUGGUUUUAAUUUUUUCAUGCAGGUAAAAAUAGUUGUUGACAAAGUUACUCUAUAGCAAAUGAACACUGCCAUUUGGCUCUCUUCUGGAUUUGUAUUUACAAGGUGGUUGUAUAUGGAUUUGCUUGGUCUCUGUAUCUUGCAUCUCAAACAUUUGUCCUCAGCUGUUUAUAUAUUAUAUAUACUGUAAAUGCAUGACAGUCCUAUAGUAAUUUGAUCACUACUUUUGUUUUUGCCUUGAUGUGAUAUUGCAUGUGUUAGCUACAACUUUUUGUCAGAUUUUCCAACUAAUGAUGGCUACAACCAGUAUUGCUAACAAUAUAGGGAUUUGUUCCUGUGUAUUUAGGUUAGUCAGUUAAUAAUACUUAGCUCAUACUGUAUGUGUGCAAAUUUGUCCAUGGAUUUAAAAAAUAAAAAACUUAUAAAUUUUGGUCUUAUACAAGCAUUGAAUGCUGAAAUAUGUUGAAAAAUGCUGAAAUACAUGAUAAUACUCUUGUGUAACAGUUUUCAAGUGCAACAGGAUUCUCUGCUAAACCCUUAGCAUUUGCUUUUCUGCUUUGGGGUAAUGGUGAGAAAUGCAUGGGCUUAUUUCUUUCUUUGGAUUAGGGUGGCAUGCUGAGCUGCUGGAGUUGAUUGGAUGUGGUGAAGUUGUAGGAUAAUUGGUGCCAGAAGGCUAGGUUUCAUCUACUUAAAGGGAUCAGUCCGUCCCAAUCACAAUGACUGGGUUAUUAAGGUGAGGUAAGGUGAAACGAGUUUGACAAACAUGUUAUGGUCCUGUUCUUGUUGUCAUGGAAAAUAAAAUGUAGUUGAAAUUA